UCCGUUGAGUUCGAACGUGCGACGCGUGUUUGUUAAUUCUCUUCGAAUUUGUGGAUUUUUACUUGCCGCAGAAGGUUAAUUUUUGGAUAUUGAUAUUUUCGCCAACAAAUAAAAAAAUAUUUAAUUCCACAACCUCUACUUCGUUGUUAACGGCCUACGUUUAACAGUACUCUUGAAAAUUUGAAAAUCAAACAGCUAAUAAUUUGUUAAAAGUUCAAAAUAAUUCUGUACCAAGGGCUGUAACUUAUGAACAAUACUAAGCCUUAUAUAAUUUAAAGCAAAGUGUCAAUAAAAGAGAGAUGUCAAUUAGUUUCCGUUGAUAUCGUAUCAGUUAUUGAAAUUCAAAAUACUAAGCGGGGAUAAACAUCGUUAAAAAGCAACCGACUAGGCCCGUUUUUUGGAUUACGCGCUCCCUUCAAGCAAGGUUGUGAAUUUAAGUCAUUGCGACUAUGGAUGUUGCCCAGCCUGACAAACUCUUCAUGCAAUUAAGUGCAGCGGAACUAGCAGCCAUCAUUAUGAAAGAUUCACCCAAUUCAAACGACCGUGAUGCGGGUUUUUGUUCCGCCAGCUCGGAAAGCGAAGGCGGUGAUGAUUUAUCCGUCGAGCACACGCGCAGUGGCAGUCCCAACAUCGGGCCAAAAGGAACUGAAAAUUUUGGAGCGGCGGACUCAAAGCCCAUAGCAUUAAUCCGCAACAAACGCAAGAGCACGGAGCCCUCGAAAGUUGUGGGAUCGAUGACAACCACGUCUGGACCAGCCAACGCUUGUCCUACCGCCUGUGCGAGUAGUACUGCAACUGGUCCGCUCAAGAAACGCAUACGCUAUACAUCUUCUGCUGAUUCAGCAGUGGUGUUGACACCUCCAGCCAUUGACUCUCCGCCACCCAGCAGGUGUGUGCCCUCCACGUUGCGCUUGGAGCACGAGAGAAUGCCUAAUCCGGCUCAUAUAUUUGUUCGUCACCCAGGCGUCACUACUCUGCAUCGGACGUUCGCUUCACAUCCAGAACAGCAAGAACCCCUAGCAUUGGUGACAAAGAAACCACAGCUCAUUGAAGGAGACACAAAAACCGGGGCUUACUCCACACUUCAGAACAGAGCACCCCAAACUUCAAAAAAGACAUUGCACAAAAAAAUAGCGAAAGAAGCAAUUGCUACGUCAUUGAUUGACGUAAAUCUUAGCGAUGAGGACAUGUGUAAGGUUGGGUCGGGAUCUGAUAUUUCCACGUUGCGUCCGCACUCGCACCAACGCAAUUAUAAAAACAUGACGCGGGAGCGCCGCAUCGAGGCGAAUGCACGGGAGCGGACCCGAGUGCACACUAUUUCUGCCGCUUAUGAGACGCUACGACACGCGGUUCCGGCCUACGCCAGCACCCAAAAACUAUCCAAGCUGUCUGUGCUGCGGGUAGCUUGUUCCUAUAUACUUACCCUCAGCCGUAUGGCUGGUCAGGAUUACAGCGCUGAUCAAUCGGAGCCAUCCAUAGCCGAUUGCAUCGAGGCCGUCACAUCAACUAUUCAAACGGAAGGAAAGGUGAAGCGCAAAAAAGACGAGUAAAUCGGUAUAGUUCAGUCCAUUCACCAACUCUGAAAGACUUUUAUUGGGACUGAUUACUGCUCAUGUUACUGUUAGUCGCGUGUGUUUGAUUGUGGGUCAGUUUGACAUACUGCACUUUUAACCACACGCUGUAGGUUUUAGGUAUAGUUUGGGUCACAAGUGGCAAAAUAGCUUUACAAGUUUUCAAAGCUUUGUUUAUAGAGAUGAACACACCAGCUAAUUUUUAAGUAGAGGGUAAAUAAACAAGGCGCGUUAUAUACAUAUUUUAGUGUAUGCGUACAUACUCAUACAUGUACAUAUUUAUGUAUACUUAUGCCAUAAUUGAUAUUUUAGAUUCUAAGACCAGCGAUGUGAUCCUAAUUUAAUGUCGCGUUUUUAAUAAACUAUACGAAAGUCGAAACAGCUCUACGUUCUUGGCAGUACAAAUAUUAAGCAAGACAAUAAUUUUUACCCACACACGUGCACACAUAUAGUAUGUUUGUAUGCCUAACUACAUUGUAACUAUAUAUAUACAUAUGUAUGUAUGUACAUACAUAUGUACCGAUACUCUUAAAUAUAGCCGAUUUCGCAUCAAAGCGGCAAAUUCCUAAAAAGUUACUAAAUUUAUACAAAUAACUAUACCAUUUAUACUUGUACAUAAUUAUUCAAGAGCAGAACAAUAUGUAAAUAUAAGUAAAUAUCCACUAAGCUGAACACCUGAAAUAGUCUUUUACGGCCAAAUUGUAAUCUCAUUGUUAUAGGUAAAUAUGUAAAUACAUAUGUAUGUACAUAUGUACGUUAUAUAUAAAUAUUAACAUAAGUGCCAUAAAAUCAGUAAAUAUACCAA